AUGUCAAAAGAGAACCAUUCAAGUUCUGCUCUUCAAGGUUUCGAACCAUCCGCUGUUCGACUUAAACGUAAACUUCGUCUUAUUCUCAAUAAGAAUCUUCGACGAGAUCAAAUCAGUGAAGAGAAUGUUACUCUCGGAGGUUUUAUGUUUUAUUCAGUCUAUUUUCUACUUGUUACAACUAUUUGUAUUAUAAAUCAUCUUUCUCAAGAUACCUUUAAUGCAGAUCGAUGUAUUCGACGAUUAUUGAUAAAUAAACUAGAGCUUGAUGCAGUUACAAAACCUCAUGAAUUUUGGGAAUAUUUAUAUCGAUUCAAUGAAGAACUCUACAGUAAUGUUGCUCAAUGGAAAGCAUCAGCAAAUAAUUCUAAACAAGAUUAUAAUUAUCAAAUGUUAUUAUCAAACGAAAAUUUUAUUCUUGGUGUUCCUCGUCUACGUCAAAUUCGUAUUGAUGAUACUCAUUGUGAGAUCAUAAAAGAUCUUAGCGUAAGACCUAUUCAAUGUUAUGCAAUUUAUCAUAAAUCCAAAGAAUAUCGAGGUAAAUUGACUACAAUGACAGGUACUCAAUAUGAAUAUACGUCAUCAAAAACAACCGAUGCAUUAAAAUUAUCGAAUGCCUAUGGACCUUACGAUACUGGUGGUUAUAUAUAUCAUUUUCAUUCAAAGAAAGACUUGAAUGAUAAAGCAAUAGAUAAUUUGAAAACAGCUACUUGGUUAGAUUUAAAUACACGAGCAAUUUUUAUUGAAUUUAUCUAUUUCAAUCCAAAUACUGAACUACUUACAACUAUUAAUAUUCUUUUUGAAUUUCUGACAACCGGUAGAAUUCAUGUGCGGGAUUUUUUCUAUACAGUUCCAGUCAAUAGUUUUUUUUUUGGCCGAAAGAAAUUCUUAGGUUUAUUUCAAGUAUUAUUUAUUCUUUGCAAUGUUGCAUUUGCUUUUUAUUAUGUUGGUAAAAUAGCUCAACAUCGUUUACGGUUUAUUAUGUCAUCUUAUUGGAAUGUUUAUGAUCUUGGUCUACUUACUCUAUUCACUAUUUCAUUUUAUCUUGAUAUUAAUUUUCUAGUGUACAUUGCAGAAACUUAUAAAUGUUUUUCAAUAUCAAAAAAUGAUAUUUUCAACGAAUUGAUUCAUUUCAUUGAAAUACAGAUAAAUCGUAUCUAUUUAGAAGCAUGUAUAACAGCAGCGGUUCUCAUUCGUCUACUUCGUUAUCUUCCUCAUUUUUCCAAUUUAAUAGCAAAUUUACUCAAAGCCUUCUAUAAAUCACUUCGAAAUUCGCUUGGUUUUCUUUUUCUAUUUUUUCUUAUAUUUAUGUCAUUUGUAAUUUCUGCAACGUUCCAUUAUGGCGAUGAAUUAUACGAAUUUCAUACUUUUGCUUUAACAUCUUACACACUCAUUCGAUGUACACUUGGCCAAUUUGAAUACGAUCGUGCAUAUCGUGUUUCACCUACGUGGACACCAAUAUUUUAUAUGGUAUAUGUAUGUGUGGUAUUUUUUAUUUUACUCAAUUUAUUAGUGGCAGUUGUAAACGAAGCUUAUGUGUUAGGUAAACUAGAACAAAAGCAAAUAGAAGAUGAUAUUCAAGAAGAAUACAUUCAUGGAUCAAAUAAUGAAAGAUUAAAUGCUUUACAUCGCUCGAAACGACCCAUACUUCAAGCAGCACUUAUUCAAAAAAUGAAGCGCUUUCUUCAUAUUUUUUCCACACAAUCCAUCAAUCGUAAUGAUAGUAUUGAUUUAAGAACAGAUAUUCAUGAUAAUGAUGAUAUAUCAUUAGAUGCAAAACAAACGAUUAUUGUAGAAAAACUCCAAAACGUUCUACUCGAUGAUGGUUAUAAUAAAAAUGUGAUCGAGAAAUUUGUACAGCGUUUAUCAGCCAAUAAUGAUUAUGAAGAUGAAAUAUUUCUAUUUGAAAUUGAAGAAAGUCAAACUAUUAAAAUACUUUAUGAUGAAUUUAAAAUUUUUAAUAAUCAACAUGAAAAAUUAGCUCAAGAUUGGCAAAAAACAGCGAUGGCUGCUCGUGAAAUGAUUCAAAUAAAUACAGUUGAUCUUGAACAAGCAUUAACAAUGGGACAACAUUUAGAUAUUCUAGAUCAACGCUUAAAAAAAAUUGAAAAUCUUAUUCCUAAAGCACUUGAAAAUAUUAUUGAACUUUAUGUUAAUCAUUUUUCAACAGAUUAA